AUGUCUCCGUCGGGGUCAAGACGAAACAGCGGCCGCGGGCUGGCGGCUCCAAACCGAGCCCCGUCCGAGUGCCACGUCGGCCGCCGGAGCUCCGGCUGCUCCCACUGCCCCUCGGGCGCGCAAAGCGAGGGCGUCUCCGUCAGUCUGAGUCAGCCGAUGGUCUCCAUCACGCUCAGGUUCCUGCUGGCGAUAGACCUGUGGCUGUCCAAGCAGCUCAGGGUGUGCGCCUGCGAGAAGUCCGCGUGGGGCAGCCUGCGGCCCCUGGUGCGCCUCGUGGAGCUGUCGGGCCACGUCGUCCCGGGGCUGAGCGGCGCCGUGUACGGGCUGCUGCGCGCAGAGACGGCAGCCGAGCAGGAGCUCAUGCUGAAUGUCGCCCUGGCCCUGUUGAUGGAUCUGAUCUUGGUCAGAGUUGUAAAGGCCCUGGUCAGACGCCGCGGCCCAGUCCAGACCCGCUCCGACCUCCUCUCCGCCUUCUUCCUGGAGCGGUUCUCCUUCCCCUCGGGCCACGCCACGCGGGCCGCCCUGUGCGCCCGCUUCCUGCUGGCCCGGCUGGUGGACACGGCCCCCAUGCGGGUCCUGGUGCUGGGAUGGGCCGCUCUGGUGAGCCUCUCGCAGCUGCUCCUCGCCAGAAGCUACGUGACAGACGUUGGCCUGGGCUUGGCUAUGGGCUACUGCCAGUACAGCCUGGUGGAAAGGCUGUGGCUGACCUGGGACCAGCUGCAGGACCUGCUGUUCAUGCAGCUGCGAGAGACGCUCACCAACACAUGUGGUGGACUCUGGAUGCCAGAUUGGAAGCAAUAGAUGUUUUUGGAUGACGCAUAGUAAUAUUAAUUUAUUCUAUCAGG